GUUAGCUCGAGUCGGGAGUAGUGCUGGGUAGUGACAGUCCGGCCGGAGGCGGGGAGAGCUGGGAGAUCCAGAAACAUUUCCAUGUUUGUAUCAGCUCGGGAAUCCAACCAAGAUGUCUGUUGAUGAAGAUACAGUUAAAACUGGUAGUCCGCAGGCCAGCUCAGCUUCAACUCUGCAGCUUUCUGAAUGUACUGGAAGUUACAGCAAUAUAUCUGUGAUGAUGGAGGGUACAGCAGCCACCCCAGACUUAGCAGCUGCUUGUCCUGUCCUGGGAACGACGGCUUCACAGAAACACACCAGCACAACUGACACUCUCACGCAGUCAGAGAACGCUGGACAGAGCGCCGGAGCGAAUGAGGAUAACAUCAAUCGCAGGAACAACUUUCAUCAUUCCAAACAGCAGCAGCAAACAAAGGUUACAAAACGCCGCAACACAUCAAACUCUAGUUUCAAGCAUCCCACAUUUGGCAAGAGGAGACGAAGGGCCAACUCAGAGAGUGACUCCGUCCUGCCCACCAACUUCCUCUUGGGUGGAAACAUUUUUGACCCGCUGAAUCUCAACAGUCUGCUGGACGAGGAGGUCAACAGGGCACUGAAUGCAGAGACGCCCAAAUCCUCCCCACUGCCAGCCAAAAGUCGAGACCCCGUGGAGAUCCUCAUCCCCAGAGACAUCACGGAUCCGCUGAACCUGAACAGCGGGAUAGCAGACAGCAGUUUUCUGGUGUCCCCAUACAAGAGUGGUGGGAGGAAGAGACACCGCAACAGACACCAUGGGGGAGGGGGGGGGGGAGGUGGUGGGAUUUCAACCACGCAGAUCAACCUCUCAGAAUCAGGAAAAAGUGAGGUUAAAACCGGCGCGUCCACGCCACUUCCAGGUAUGUUUGCGUCACGCUCUGCACUAGAUGUCUCCAAAGAGUCCGACAAUUUCUCCAGUGUCACCGGGGAUUCCCAUGAGCACUCAGCCGACAACUCAGCCAGCUGCAAGGAGGAGUUGUCAUCUGUAUCGAUGGAGGAUUCCUCUCUCUCCAUAUCAGGGGGAACAAACCAGCACACAAGCAGACGCAAGCGAAGGCGCAACUCUGGCAAAAUGGACACUCCUGUGACUCAUUCUACCCCCAUAGGAAAGUCAGGAUUUGGAGAGAGGAGUUGUGGUACUACAGGGGCACCAAGGAAUUCUCAGUCCUUCCACACACCAAGGACUGGUCCCAAAUCUGGGUCAGGAGGUCGUCAGCACCAGCAGAUGUACGACCAGGCAAAAGACCAACAGAAAAAGAAGUUCCAGUAUGGAAACUAUAACAAGUAUUAUGGCUAUCGCAACCCAGGAGCAAGUGAGGACCCACGGAUACGUGUGUUUCGCCCUGAAUGGUUUGAAGGUAAAGAUGUACUCGAUUUGGGGUGUAACUCAGGCCAUCUAACACUAUAUAUUGCCAAAAUGCUAAGACCUGCCCGCAUAUUGGGUCUUGAUAUUGACAGUGGCUUGGUACAUGCAGCCCGUAAGAACAUCAGGCAUUAUCUGUCUGAGCUGCAGACCCAAGAGGCCAGGCGUGCAACGCAGGAGAAAAAGAGCACUGAACAGGAGGAGGAGAGGAAUGGAAAUGCGAGUCACACAGGCAGUGAAAAGAAGCACAAUGACACUGAGAGCAGGGAUGAAAAUGGGAAACCAGUGAAAGGAGAAUGUGGCCCUGCACAGGCUGUAAAUGACAAUGACUCCUGUCACACACAUGAGACAGGGACCCAGAGGCUGGACAGCAAAGCAGAGGAAAUGGAGCAGGAAGAUGGUGAUUCACCACCCACUGAUCGCUCUGUGAGCUGCACUUUUCCUGUGUCCCUACGGAUCUCCAGGGGGCCCAUCGCUGCACCUCCACUAACAGAAACACCCAGCACAAGGCCUGGGGAGUUCCCCUCAAAUGUGUCCUUUGUCAAGGCCAAUUAUGUACUGGAGAACGAUAAUCUUCUUUUGACUCAGCGGCCAGAGUACGAUGUGAUCUUGUGCCUGAGCGUCUCCAAAUGGGUUCACCUGAACUGGGGGGACAGUGGCCUCAAACGGCUCUUCAAGAGAGUCUACAGACAUCUCCGUCCUGGAGGCAAGUUCAUCCUGGAGCCGCAGCCCUGGGAGUCGUACGUGAGGAGGAAGAAGCUGACUGAUAAUAUUAGCAGGAAUUAUCACAGCAUCUGUCUGAAACCUGACCAGUUUUCAUCGUACCUUACAAAUGAGGUGGGCUUCACCAGUUUUGAGCACCUUGGGGCCCCCAAGUGUUCAAUAAGAGGUUUUCAGAGGCCAAUCUACUUAUUUCACAAAUGACCGCUUCUGCCUUGGAGAUCAUUGAAUGUGAGUAGCCUAAACCGCAACCAUACAUACAAACCAGCCAGCAGCCCCGGACUGUAAGGAAUCAUCUGAACAGUUACUCCAGCUUUUCAGAUGCUACAGAGGAAAUUCAUAAAGGAGAAUAGGACCAAAAGUGGGAUUAAUUUCGUAAAGAUGAGCUCGGUCAAGAAGAAGCACCUAUCAGAAUCAUUUGUCACUACAAGUAUAUUGAAAAAGUAUGGAGUGAACUCCGAUAAGACUCUUCAGUGUAUGACCUGGAGCCAAACAUCAUACUUUGGCUCCAGACUGCAGAAGAGGUGCUCAGCUGAUCAUUUCUUUGGACUGUCCCAGUGCUAAUGAUGCCCCAGUUUGAUGCACGGCCAUAACAUGUGUUUGAAUAUCUCUGUCCAUAUAUCUUUACUUUUAUAACUGUGUUCUGUGCCACCAUAUCACCAUACAUCAUACAUAUUAGGGUUGGUUGAUCGGGCAGAAUUUUCCAGUGCGCCAACACAUCUGCAGAAGUGCAGUAUACCACUGGAUUAUAAAGCAAUUGAACAGAUCAUAUACAGACAUGAUGUGUCUUGAUAAGUCACACUGGAGGGCAGGUGGUUUAUUCUAUGCUGUGGAGAUAACCUGCGCUGUAAAUAUUGCUGGUUACUAAUGGCUUUGAAAUCCUGCCCUUGGAGGUUAAAAAAUUUGCAGCCACAAAUCCGGUAAAGGUAGAUGCAUAAUUGCACACAGACUUUGGGGAUUUUUAAAUUGGCUAAAUAAGAUCCACCAGCCUUAAAUUCAUUGUACCACUAAUAGCUGAGGUUUUUUCCCCAUCUCCCAACCCUAAUAUAUAGUUUGUUUUGUCAUAAUUUUGCAAAAUAGGCCUUAAAGCUGAAUAAACUUGAACCUGUUACAGAGCUCCUAAAAUGUCUAACAUUUUGCAAUGAGUAUAACAAAGUUCCUAAAUUACACAAACCAAUGAUCCAUGAUGACGAAAGUGUUCUUGGAACAACAAACAUCCAGCGAAAUACUGAAUGUUAAACCCUACUGUAAGUGUACAGCUGAGAUGUUUUCAAGAUGCUUUUUUUGUGACACCCUUAACGAUGCAGUUAUCAGAUAUUGGAUUUAUUAUUUUAAUAUGGACAACAGACUCACUACCAUUUGGAGGAAAACUUAUUAUGCCAACUCAAACCUGAAAAGUGCAAGUUGGAAAAUCAGAUCAAAUCAGUCUAAAUUUUGAAAAAAACAUUUUAGGCUGUUUUAAGUGUUUCUAGAAAUCUUGAGGCCUGUGUAAUUUACUUUGGGUUUGAACAGCAAAUCACUUCAUUGGUUCUUUAAGCCCUUUUCAUGCUCUGUGCUAAUGGUAGGGGGCACAUUUGAGCUAUGUUGACACUCAGCUUUUGGCACAGCUCAAGAUAAUUCAGCACACAGACUAUGAGGACUAUUUUGCAAGGUGAAUCUUUAGCAUGCAGUGAUUUUUUUUAUUUUUUUAUAUGACAGUUAAGCCAUAGCUCUACCUUUUAUACUGUAUGUUGUUUACAGUGUCCUCUUUGAGGUUCUGAUGGACAAUAUAAUUGAGUGUAGAAUUUAAGUUGCAAAGGACCUAUAAUUAAUGAUAUGACUCAAGUUACGACAGCCUCUUUAAUACGGUGUCUGACACAUGCAUCAGUACUGGAUUCAAACAACAUCAUAAGUACUUUUCUAGCACAUGACUCAACUUUGGUAAUACAUUAUUCUUAAAAAGACUGAAAUAUAACAAUAUGACUUUUUUAUACCAAAUUUAGAUCGUAAUAUGCUGUUUAUAUUGAAGCACUCCCAAAAUAUGUUAUGGGUCUUUUGCUCUUGAAUUUGAUGAAUAUGCCAUCAUCAUCUUUGUCUUUUACCCAUUGAGGACACAAACAGUUAUGAGUUACAGGUAGUCAUUCUUUUGUGAUUGUAUCUUUAUUGGUGUGCACUGCUCAUCUACAACCCUUCAUCCUGAGCGACUGGUGCACAAAAUCAUUUUUUUAGGUGACAGCAUUUGGCAUACAAGGGUAGGAGAUGAUGGAAUAGAUGGAUGAUGUAUGUUUCUAUUUUUUGUAACUGAUCAAUGUAAAUAAUUUGCAAAUUUUGUUUUACUGUUGUCAAUAUUAAGUUCAUAACUGCUUUUGUCAUUUUCUAGUUGAUUUUUUGUUUUUGUUUUUUGUCUUUUGUUUUCAGAUGUUUGCUGCCAAUUUGUGAGUCACAGGAGUUUUUGUCCUAAAAUGGACUGCUAAUCCAACUCCGUAACAACAAAUGAAUAUGUACAUUGCAAUGUUCUGAUGUGUUUGCUUUGUUCUCUCCUGGCAGGCACACGGGUUGUUAGAUUAGCUCUUUAUUUUUUUUAUAAACAGUUUGAAAGGAGUGUUGGUGUCAAUGCACUGUCAAAUGACUUUAUUUGACGUGCUUUAGACAUUUUCAAAUUCUUCAAAAUAGAAAAAAAAAUUAAAUACUUUUUCCAUCAAACUUUUUAUAGCAAGUCGUGGAACACUGAUUAACCCACAAAAUGAAGCUUCAGGUUACAUUUUGAAUUGAAAGUGAAUUGGCCUCAGCCUCAGUUCGUCCAUCAGACAGAUGGCACCAAAUCACACCUUUCUCCUAAGCUAAGACAAUCGGAUUCUCAGGCUUAGAUCAGGCCACUGCUGUAAUUCCAAGGGCAUUUUUCCUUUUUGCAUUAUUAAGUAAAGUUUGCAGGUCGCAUAAUGAGCAUUUUAUUUGAGAAGCAAAAUUGUUUAAUGUGCGCUGUAGUGUUUUGCCACCAAUGUUACAGAAGACUGAUUUUAACCUAACAGGCCUGACUUGUACGUCCAGGUAUCCAAGCUAAAGCAUGUCUUUGCUGGAGAUGUGAAAUUAUAUGUUGUCAUAUAUAGUGUUGUAUAAAAUCUUUGUACUCUCCUUGAGGUUUUGCACAAAGUUGUGCACAGUUGAUGUUGUGAUUUUUCAUUUUUCAUGAAAUUGAAAUGCACAAAAGUUAGGGUAUAAACCACCGCUUUUCGAUAUGGUUGUAUACCAGUGGGGAAUAUUACCAUUGCUGUUACAUAACUUAUGAUGCUCAUUUCAGGAUAAAAUAGAGAACAAUACACUUCUGUGCAAUAUUUGCCUUUUUUAAAUUGUAAUUCUGUCCUUAUAGUCAAGAUAAAAAACGUUACUGUAAGUCACUGGAGUCAAGUGUAAGGUAGACUGAAAUUCAGAAAAUUGUUUUGAAUGUUAAAGGUUUGCAUCCAUGGUAUGAGUAGAUACAUUGCAGUUAAAACACUGGAAAGCAGUGAUUGCAUUUACAAAAUUUUGUUCAUUUUUAUGUAUUUAUAUUUACUUAUUUCUAUUUCAAGACCAGUCCUGUCCUAGGAAGAGGUUCAUUGAUAACAAUAUUUGGUUUACUGAGAGAGAGCACUAAAACCACAGGUGAAUUUUUUUAGAAGCAGUAUUGGUGCAAUUUUAAUGGCAACUAUUCUACUCAUACAUUGGAAACAUGUGGCUACAGCUUCAGUAUAGGAUCUGAGCAGCAUCAGCUAUGAAAUAUUGGUAAAACAUUUGUCAGAGACACAAUGAAGCCCUGACAAAAUAAUGGUCGUACUUACUUUUGCGCAGCCACCUCUCAUCAGUGUGACAUUUUCUAAUAGUACAUCAAAUUGUUCUAUGACUGUAAUGCAAUGUCUUAAACUGGAUGUCUUAUACAAAAAUGUGAAUCUUUUUGUAGCACAACAAAUGCAUAAACUCAAGGAGCGUGUACAUUUUAACGGCACUAUAAUUCACCUCUCUGUGUUGAAUUUGCACUGAUAUGACUUGAGGGAAUUCAACUAGUUUAGUACAUUUUUGCAGUUAAAGUUGAUGUUUUACAUGUACCUUAACGAACUAGAAAUCAGUUUUCUGGAAAAACUGUUGGAAUAAAAUACCCCCUCUGUCAGGGAAGCUUUUAAUUUUUAUGCCUCUGAACAACAAAAUAUAUCUGAAUGUUUCUCUGUGUUUAACAUUUUAAUUGAUUAAAAGUGGU